AACGGGAAGCCCAGGUAUGAGGCUGUUGGCUAGCGGGGUUCUGAUCUGUUCUCAAGUGUAUUUUUCUGUUUUUCCUCGAAUGGCCUUGAAUCGGCUUUCCUUGGCCUCUCUUCCUACGGAGUUUCCCGUUUCAUUUGCUUUCUGCUCACUCUCCAACUUUGUUCACGACACUUCUUUUUUUGCUAGCCAGUUCUUAGCUCCUUCACCUUCAGUUGGCUUGGAUCAAUUUCCUUUACCUUUGGAGCAGUUGAGGACCUCUUGUCGUGGUCAGGUUAGAUCCAUUUUUAUUUUUUUUUUACCUUCAGAAAUUGAGAUCGUCUUUUCCUGGCUAGGACCGUACAGGACUCACCAGAACCCAUUCUAAAAAAUUUUGCGGCCAUCAUGGCAGUCAAGUGGACUGGUGGACAUUCUUCUUCAAUCCUUUGUCUGAAUGCAAGUAAAGACGGGCUGGUGGCUUCAGGAGGAGAGGGUGGAGACCUUGUGGCUUGGGGUGAAGAUGGGACCCCGUUAGGACACAUGCAGUUGGAAGGGGCUGAUGAUGUUACCAGCGUCUUGUUUUCUGCCUCCUGCCCCACCAAGCUCUAUGCUGCCCAUGGAGAAACUAUCAGUGUACUAGAUGUCAGGUCUCUUAAAGAGUCCCUGGACCAGUUUCACGUGAAUGAGGAAGAAAUCAAUUGUCUUUCAUUAAAUGAAACUGAAAGCCUGCUGGCUUCUGCUGAUGACACUGGGGCAAUCAAAAUCCUGGACUUGGAAAAGAAGAAAGUUACCAGAUCCCUGAAGAGACAUUCCAACAUUUGUUCUUCUGUGGCUUUUCGACCUCACAGGCCUCAGAGCCUGGUGUCAUGUGGCCUGGAUAUGCAGGUGAUGUUUUUGCAAAGAGCACUUGGGUAAUUUCUGAGCAGAAUUUGCUAAGAAAAUCAAGUAUAUGUUUGGUUUGGUUUCCUUGGCAGUUAUGGGAAUUCAGCUUUGGACCUAUACAUGAUACUAAACAUGUACUCUACCACUAAACUGUAUCCUCACCUCCCGGAAUCAAAUUAUUGAUCAGGUGUUUUCUACUCUCCACUAACAUUUCUUACUCAGCUGUGAGUCGUAGCCUUACUUCUCCCAUGAUUGCUAGCCUGACACUAUAUCUUAUUCAUUAGCCUUUUGUCUUCCUUUGUCCAUCCUUAAAGACAUUCUAAGACCUUAGGAUUUAAAUAUCCAAUUCUAAAAAUUGCUUUAAACAAAGAAGAGGUAGUUUUAGGUUAACUUAACAAAAAAGGGGUGGAGAUUAGAUGGUGAAAGUAGAGUUAAUUCACAUAUUCUCUAGAAACUCUUAAAUGGUUUA